GACGAUGACAGAUACAAAUAAAUGAAUAACCCAAUUUGAACUUGAGAACUUUCCCCAUGGCAUUCCGCGCACUUGCUCACUCCACCGCCACCGCCACCGCCUCAUGCCGCCGCUCUAUCGUAUUCACACUCUCUUCCUCCUUUUCCUCCGCCUGCCGGAGGCGGACCCGCCCUCCGCCGCCGCCGCCGUCUCCGAAGAAGGUGCCAUUCACGGUGUCGGUUCACGGGAAGACGUGGCAGGACCCGUAUCGGUGGAUGUCCAACACCGACGACCCGCACCUGUUGGAGCAUCUCAACCGCGAAAACGACUACGCCGAUGCUUUCAUGGCUGACACACUCAAACUCCGUUCCGUGUUGUCUUCCGAGAUGAAACCACGAUUGCCUCCCACCGUUUCCACUCCCCCUGAGCGUUGGGGACCCUGGCUGUAUUAUCAGUAUAUUCCAGAGGGAAUGGAAUAUCCUAUUUUGUGUAGGAGGCUCGAAACGGAGAGAACUGGUUGGCUGAAUAAUUUCUUUCUCCACUGUGGAAUGAGAAGAUCAAAAAGGGAGGAAAUUUUACUUGACUGGAAUGAACUUGCAGAGAAAUAUGGGUAUGUCAAUGUUGGAACAUGCAGAGUUUCCCCUGACCACAACUACCUUGCGUACACACUUGAUAUUUCUGGUGGAGAACGAUUCAUGCUCCAGGUAAAAGACCUAAGAAGUGGAUUAAUAGACCCUAAAUCGGAAGUUGAUGGUGCUGUUAGCUUGGCUUGGGCUCAAGAUGCAAGUUCUCUGUUUUAUACUCUAUCAGAUGAAAAUCAGAGACCUUACAGGGUUCUCUGCAGAAAACUUGGAUAUAAUCAUGUGGAUGAUCUCCCAGUAUUUACUGAAAAUGAUUCCAGUUUUUGUGUGGACAUAACUAGCACAAAAGACGGAAAAUUCAUAACUGUGAAUUCAAACUCAAGAACUUCAUCUGAGGUUUAUGUUAUAGAUUCAGUCAAUCCAUCAAAUGGUUUACAAAAAAUAUGUAAUCGUACUUCUGGUGUACAGUACUUUGUGGAACAUCACUCUGGUUUAUUUUAUAUUCUUACAAAUGCUCCUAUUCCUGAUGCCCAAUGGUCUGGUCAAGGUUAUUAUCUGGUCAGAUGUCGAGUUGAAGAUAUAGAGUCAGCUAAAUUGCAGAAUAUCAUCCUUCCUGAUAUAGAUAUGAGCCUAUGUGAUAUGGACAUUUUUAAUGGAUAUCUGGUUCUUUUCUUCACUAAGAAAGGUCUUCCUCUGCUAUGCUCAUUGAACUUUCCAAUGCAAAUUGAUUUCAAGCAUCAAGUAUACAUUCAAGACCUGAAACCAUGGUACUUUCCUCUGCCAUCAAAUACAUGCAGUGUCAGUCCUGGUUCAAAUCACGACUUCUUCAAUAUGGUUUACCGUGUGGUGCUUUCAUUGCCUGUGAUGCCGGAUUUAAUUGUUGACUAUAACAUGUCAAGACAUACAUAUUCAAUUGUGCAUCAAGAGGAAGUGAACUGUGAAUCUGUUGGUCGGUCAUGCAUCCCAACUUUUGAGCUAAAUUAUGAUAAGAGUAAUAUUCUAGAGGCAUGUAGUGAUAAGAAAGAGUGUGCUGCGAAUUUUAAUUCACAAAGAUGGAAGGACUUUUCUCAAGUAUACUGUUGUCAGAGGGAGGAAGUUAUUUCCUAUGACGGUAUAAUGGUUCCACUAACCAUUGUGUACUCUAGAGAAUCGUGGAAGAAGGGUCAAUCUCCAGGACUCUUAGUAGGUUAUGGAGCGUAUGGAGAAGAUCUGGAUAAAAGCUGGUGUUCAGAUCGCCUGAGUUUACUGGACCGUGGUUGGGUAGUGGCAUUUGCUGAUGUAAGGGGUGGUGGUGGUGGUGGUCCUUCAUGGCAUAAAUCUGGGAGUGGAUUAAACAAACACAAUUCAAUAUUGGACUUUGUAUACUGUGGCAAUUACCUGGUUAAUGAGGGUUAUGUUCAGAGUGAUAUGCUUGGUGCUAUUGGAUGGAGCGCAGGCUGCCUUAUUGUUGGUGCAGCUAUGAAUAUGUACCCACAACAGUUUCGUGCUGCCAUAUUAAAAGUACCAUUUCUUGAUGUAUGCAACACAUUGUUGGAUCCCAGUCUGCCUCUCACAAUUUUGGAUUAUGAAGAAUUUGGAAAUCCUCAAAUACAGUCAAAUUUUGAUUCUAUUUUUAGUUAUUCUCCGUAUGACAACAUUCCUCGAGGCAGUUGCUUUCCUUCCGUUUUGGUUACGGCAGCAGUUAAUGAUUCAAGGGUUGGAGUUUGGGAAGGUGCUAAGUGGGUUGCUAAAGUACGAGAUAGUACCUGCCCUCAUUGUUGUCAUGCUAUCAUCAUGAAAACAAGUAUGAUAGGAGGGCAUUUUGGCGAAGGCGGUCGCUAUGCUCAAUGUGACGAAACAGCUUAUGAGUAUGCUUUCCUCAUGAAAGCUUUUGGAAUUUUAAAUGAAUGAAUAAAUUUAUUAGGUCAGCAGUUGGAAUGUUUUCAUUAUACCAGUGCAAGACUUUCAUUUGGGUCAAGGAAAAUUUUCUAUUUUCCUACCUGGGCUCCAGAGAUGCAGAUAAAUUUGAGCAUCUAUUAUCUAUGUAGUUGGAUUUGCUGCACAUUAUACGGAAGAAAGGCAAUGCCAAGUUGGAAAAUUUUGGUUUGGAGAUAGUAAUAAUAAGACUUGCAAGAUGUGAGCAGCUUAUCAUCUGAUGACUUUGGGAAAUUUAACAACGGGGAAAUGAAAAUAUGAUUUGAAAUUUUAAAUUUGCUCUCCAAAAGCAGAUUCCUUUAUUAUGCAUUCUGCAGAAUCUUCCUCCCUGUGCCCGCUUUUGGUCUUGUGGAAUGGAACUAACUGACUAUGUAGUUCAUUACUUCUGUAUCGAAGCUGGUUCAUUUUGAAGCCAGAAAUUGAAGCUCUCGAGUGAAAGCUGAAAGUGCAUGUACUGCUAGAGUUACCCAGAAAUUAGCACUUUUUGAUCUUCUAUUAUGUAUUUGGUAACAAAGAGAAUAUUAAUAUUUAUGGUUAGUAUUUCUUAUUUUAACUCUUAAUAAUUGUAUUAUUAUUUUUAAA